CGACGCAGAAGAGACAAGUCGGUAGAAAAAUGAGAGAUGCGUAAUUAAAAAUAUAAUCUCGGAAAAAUUUAAUUUCCGCCUGUCCGAAAACGAAAAACCGAAAAAACAUACGACAGGGCCAGGUUUUUAAAACAGUGAAUGAGUGACUCUUAUGCCAUUUCAUACAUUUUCCUGCCUAGUGAGACUAUAAUUAGGCGCCAGAUAAAAUGGCCCUAUGUGAAAGCGAAGAUCAUAAACCCGAGCCGGGUCAAAUCCCCAAUGAUGAUCUUGAAGAUGGUGAAAUCGAAGACGACGAUGACGAUACGCCAGCUCCAGCUUCUGAAGCAGCCCCAAAAGAACCACCUUCAACCCCCCCAAAACCCCAACAAACCCCACCACAAGAAACGAACGUUUCAAAGCAACACGAAAAGUCCGAUCGUUCGAAAGAACGACGUCGACAUCAAGAAUCAAAGGGGAAAAAGCAACAACCGAUGACCGAAGCCGAAAAAAGCGUCAUGUACCUACACCAAUUAGAAAGAUUGGAACGAGAUAAACGCGAAAAAUACCGGCGAGAACCAGUCGAUGAUUUCGCCUCAAAUCUCGAAAAACAAAUUGCGAGUGUAUUAAAAAAAGAUCACCGCCUUAGUGGCGACGAUGAUCACGAUGAGAAACGCGGAAAAAAACGAAGAAAACGAGAAAGGGAUCGAAGAAAACGUCGAAAAAUGGGUGCUGUUGAUGCAGGUGGUGAAAACGUCGAAAUGGAUGUUGGGAUGGAAAAUUUAGGAGUAGUACAACACGGUGGGAGCGAUAUUGAUUAUCAUCAAUCACCUAGAAGCGAUGUCGAAUCGUUUAGUGAUGAUCAAGAAUCGAUUUGUUCCGAUAGAAGUGGAGGAGUUGGUGAGGAGAAAGGAAGGAGACCGAGGAGGGAUCGAAGGGGGAGGAUGCGGGAGAGGAAUCGAAAUCGCAGGAACGAACAUCGCGAGAAAAAAUUGCAACAGCAACAAAAUCAACAGCAGCUACAACAACAACAGGAUAAUUCGGCGAAUAAAGAUCCAUCGCAGCUUUGCAUGUAUUAUUUGCAAGGGAAAUGCCAAAAAGGCGACGAAUGUCAGUAUUCGCACGAAAGUCAACCGCCGAUGAAAUGGGAAUUAUGCAAGUUCUACUUGAACGAUUGUUGCGCGAAAGGUGACAAAUGCUUUUAUAUGCACUCAGAUUUUCCAUGCAAAUUCUACCACACAGGUCAGCAGUGUUUAGAAAGCGACAACUGCAAAUUCGCCCACGGAAAACCCCUCAAUGAAAGAUUAAAACAAAUUCUUUUUAAACACAUCGAAACGGCGCCUAAAGACAUUUUGGGUCGGUUUCCUCGGAUGAGUCGCGAAGAGGCCUCGUUCAAGAUUAACCAGACGCAGAAAGAGUUAGAGGCGCAUUUUGGCCCGCCGGAUGCCGAUCCGAACAUGUUACCGUUGCCGUUCGACGUCGGGUUGGGUAAUAAUGGUAAUAAUAAUUCGGACGCGAUGCACGACCCGAAAAAGGACAAAGAUAAACCGAGGAAUCGACCGUCGCGGUGGCAAGAUCCCGAACCGGUUAAUAGAUCAGGAAUUGGACAAGCUACUUUUGGUGGGAAAGCAUUUGGACAAGAUUUAGAUAUGAGACUGCAACAAAAUAAUGGAGAUGUAGAUAUGCGAACAUUACAAAUGUCGAUACCCCAAGGCCCCCCGAAUUUGAUGAUGCCACCGCCGAACCUUUCAAUACCACCCCCUAACAUAUUAAUGAUGAAUCCACCCCCGAUAGUGCGCUCCAUUGACAUUCCACAACAACUUAAUUUAAAUCAACAAUCCCAAUUUAACCAAGCUAAUCAACAACAAAUUUCGCAAUUUCAACAAAGCAACUUAUCAAAUAACAGCGACGUCGACAUAAGAAAUCUCCGCGGCGACACCGAUAUAAGAAACUACAACAACGUGAUCGAAAGUAGCCCAAUUAAUAUUCAAAAAAAUAAUACAGAAGAAGAUUAUAGCACAAAGACACAAAAACGAGACGAUUUCAAUUCGAGCAAAGACAUCGACGACGAUUACGAACCAGCCUUAGAAAUAAUAACGGACGAAGUUCCAUCGGAAAUCCCCGCAAACCUUCCUAAACGCCAAAGAGAACUUUUCUUAAGAAUCCAAUCCCAACAGAAACAAAAUUUACUCGAAGACCAAAAAGACACGAAUUCCGAUAACGACGAAAACAACAUCGAUUGGUAUUCGGACGACUCAAACGACGGGAAAUUGAUGAUAAAAUGCGACGACGAUUUCGUAAUCAAAGAAAAAGACGACGAAAUCGUGGAAGGAGAGGAGGAUAAAGCGAAAUCUUCCCCAGGGUUUGGCCAGCUCGGGGAUUUAUCGCAAAUCACGAUUUCGGAGGAAGUUUCAAAGUUGUUGAACACGUUUCGUGGUGGUUCUAAUUCCGCUCUAUCUCCAAAUAGGAAAGAUGAGAAAUCGAAAGAUCCAAGACAAGAAUCGCCGACGAAAUCGGUUAGGGCCGAUCCGAGGAAAGCGAGGGUCGAUUCAGGGGAUGAUUCGAAAGUUGUUAGGGAUAAAAUUAGUAUUUAUGAGCAAGGGAGUUUUUGCGGGAAAGAUGUUGAUUUGAGGAGUGGUGAUGAAAAAGAUACCGAUUUAAGGACGAAUUUCGGCGAUAUGGAUUUGAGGAGUUCCCGCCCAGACGUUGAUCUCCGCCAAUUAGGGCUUCCAUUUAAAGCGAUGCAAAAUUAUACCCCCGCGACUGAAAUCGAUGCGAGUUUAAGCACGCACCUUCCAAUACAGUGGUUUGUUCAUAUCGUUGACAUCCCAAAGCCUGAUUAUACCGGGUUAAAACUCACCGUGCAAGACGCUCACACCACCGGGGAUCCGCGACUACGAAAAAUCUUCCGAUUAGAUCUCGAUGAAAAAGAUAGCCCGGCCAGUCCUAAACAAAGUCCAAAAGCCGGGUCUAGUUCUAGCGUCGUUCCGAGAGUCGAUCCCAGGAUUCGGAAGGAAGAGAAAAACGAGGCGAUGAGUUAUUCGCAACAAAUGGCGAUGCUACAAAGCUCGCCGUUUUACCAAAAUUUGACUAGUAAUCAAAAGGUGAAAUUGAAUCAGGAGUUGUCGGUGCGCGACCCAAAUACGGGAGGGAAUAACGAACAAAUUUUACAAGGAAUUUUGAGUACUUUGGGGUUGGUACAAUGUUCGGGGCAAGCUUCGAACAUUAACGGGGCCGUUUUGAGUUUGUUGACGAAAACUAAUUUAGGAAUGAUGUUGAAUCAAAAUAUGAAUCCUAAUUUGAACCCAAAUUUAAAUCCUAAUUUGAAUCCGAAUAUGAAUUUGAAUCCAAAUUUAAAUCAGGGUUUGAUACAAAAUCAGAGUUUGCUUCAAAACCAAAACUUGAUGAUUCAAAAUUCGAGUUUGAUACAGAACCCGAAUUUAAUUCAAAACGCAAAUAUAAACCCGACUUUACUUCAAAAUCAAAGCCUAAUUCAAAAUCAAAGUUUGUUGCAGAACCCCGCGUUACUCCAAACUUCAAAUUUGCUUCAAAACCAGCUCCAAAAUCAAACUUUGAUAUCCCCCCAAAACCCAAAUUUGCAAUUAAACGUCCAAAACCAAUCGAAUUUGGGAUUAUUGGGUCAAAACCCAUCGAUACCCCACGAGUUUCCCAUAAAUUUCGACCCGAGAAACGGGGGGUUGUUAGGGAACGCCCCCCCAUUUGCUAAUUUUAAUCCUGAUAAUAAUAAUUUUAAUUUCGCUGAGGAUAAUUUUUAUCAAGAUAAUAAUUUUGGUGGUGGAAAUAGUAAUAAUAACAAUAAUAAUAAUAAUAAUGGAGGUGGUGGAAAUAAUAAUAAUAAUAGUAAUAAUAAUAAUCAAAGAGAAAAUCGGGGCUUCCAUAAUCGCGAGGGUGGAGGUCGUGGAGGGCGAAGAGGCCGAAACUUUAUGAGGAACAAUCGAAAUAAUAACUUUAGGAAUCGAAAUCGAGCAAAUCGGGGUCAUAAUAAUUCGUAAAAUGAGUCGUGCCAAAAAAAAAUCACUUUUUGUUCUUAAUAUAAUACUUUAAGUACUUCAUUCCCAAUUAUAAUGAAAAUAUAAUUAAUUAUAUUUAAUAUAGAAUUAAAUUAAAAGUAUAUACAGGAGGUUCGAUAAGAAAUUGUGUGCAAUAUUUGCAACUUUAUUUUGAAUUAAGCACAUUAAACGUCCUGUAUAUAUGUGUACAUAUAAAUAUUAAACUUUAAAGUUAUUUGACUUCUUCAUUUUUGUUGUUGUUUAUGAGUAUAAAGAAUUAU